AUGGCCCUUGAGGAAGGGCUGGAAGCUGACGCCACAGUUCCUUCACCGAGUUUCUCAGGUCGCCAAUGUUGCGGGGGAGGCACCGGUGGCAACGACACCGAAAGGGCCCUUUGGCUCAUGUUCGGUGUCAACAGCCUUCUCACAGGAACUCAGAUCUUUUGCGGAGUCCUUGCGAACUCCCUGUCCCUGCUGGGGGAUGGGGCGUUGAUGGCAAUGGACGGUGUGUCUUAUGCUGUGAGCCUCUAUGCCGAGAAGAAGAAGGCCUCGGCGCAGGACGCCAAGCGACUGGACCGAGCAGCUGCCUUCUUCAGUGCUGCGAUGCUGGCGGCCACGACGGUCUGGGUGCUCUUCGACGUCAUCGAGCGGUUAACCGGGCAGGAGCGGGAAUCGGCUCUCCAGGUCGGCCUGGGCUCCCAGCUGCACGACAUCCAGGUGAACAGCGACAUCAUGAUCGGGUUCACGAGCCUGAACCUGGCUGCCGACUUCCUCGUCGUGCUCUGCACCUGGAGCUGCGGCGCCUCGAAGCUCCUGGAAGAGGAGGCAGAGGCAUCGAACCUGAACCUCUUCGGGGCCCUGGCUCACCUCGGUGCUGACGUGGUCCGCGGCUUCGCCGUGCUUCUGGCAGGGAUCCUGGCCGAGGUUGGCCUCGUUCAGGCUUCCAUGGCGGAUGCCUACUGCUCGCUCUUCGUCUGCAUCUUCGUCUUGGCAGUGCGACUGCCAUUGCUGUCCCGAGCAGACGAGGCAGGCGCAUUGCGAUUGCCCGAAGUGAAAGGGCGAUUGUCCAGCAAAGAGAGUGAAGGGAACUGCCUAGAUCUGGAUGACGACCAUUUGCUCCGAAAGAAGAAGGGCAUCCGGCUCCCGGGCUCCAAGGAGCCGCCCGAGCUGAGGGAAAUCCCCGAAGAGGCGUCGCCCUCGCCGUCACCUCGGAGCACCGCCAGUGGCGUCACCGAGCGGAGUGCCCGCUCUUUGGUGGAGCCCGUCGCAGAGAUCUCCCGCGGCCUUUCCUUGCCUUUGCUCGCCGCCCUGCGGGCCUCGCGCACCGCUCUGGAGGAGCCGCUGAGUUGCUGUGGCGGACUGGUAGCGACUUUGAAGUAUUUCAAGGAGAAUGUGAUCAACAUGUUGGUGUUCAGGAAUUGGAACGAGGAGCGUGAUAAGUUCGAACACGCAGUGAAUUUCUUGACCUCGGUGCCCCUUUUCAAGAAGCAGCUGCCUCCCUGCGAGCUGCCAAAGGUGGCGCAGCUUCUAGAAGAGAAGACCUGGCCGAAGGGCUCCAAGCUCGUUACCCAAGGAGACAUCGGCGACACCUUCUUCAUGAUCUACGAAGGCCAGGCGGCCUUGAUGAUGAAGGACGACCAAGGGGAGGAGCAGGAGGUGGGCCUCCUGAGUGCAGGCGACUACAUCGGAGGCCGAGCCAUCGUCACGGAGCAGCGGCACAUGGCCACCGUCCUGGCUGUCGGUGAGCUGGUCACGCUCUCCAUGUCCAAGCAGGCCUUCGAGCAAGCUGGACUGAAGGCUCGGCUGCACUUUCCGAAGCGACCGGCCAUCGAAGUCGGAGGCAGCAGCCAGGCGACUCUCUUGCCGACCACUCCCUUAUCACCCAAGAAGCGGUCAUCCUUCUGCAUGAAAAAGCUCGAUGAGAAUCAACAGACUGCAAUCAUUCGGGCAAUGAAACACAAUCCGAACUUCAGAGCUUUCGUCGAUGGCGCGAAUGGGCCCAGCGAGGAGUCCAUCAAGGAGAUCGUCGCCAACUCAGAGAUUCGAACGCUGAAAUGCGGCGACACUGCCGCCAAGUUUGGGGAUCUUGGUCACGAGUUCUAUGUUAUCGAGCAAGGGAAGAUCGAGGUCAUCAUCAACACCGGAGCGCUGAACCAGGGGCAGGGCCAAAGAGGUCAGUCAAAGUCGGCCGCAGCUGCAGCCGCCACGUUUUCAAUGGCUGAUCGCAUUCGCAGGAAGCAGGACUUCCUCAUGAAGCUGCACAUCCCUGUGGUGGAUCGGAAUUCCAAGAAGGCGAAGUUCAACCGCAGCUGCUCUGUGCUUACCAAGGAUCCCCGAGAAGAGGAGGCGGUAGUGACGGGCGCCGAGUCGCUUGACAUCGGCUCCUCCUUCAACGCCACUUCCUUCCGCGUCAAAUCGGCCAGCCGGAAGUUGAAGCUAGGUGCUUUGGCGGAUGAGACCGAGCCAGAAAAGCCGAACGACAAGGUCAUCAGCACGUUGCAUGCUGGAGACAGCUUCGGUGAGCUCUCGCUGCUUUACAACAUCCGCCGAGAGGCGACCUUCCGUGCCGCUGGGGACGAGGAGACGAAGCUCUUUGUGAUCAACCGGAAGAUCUUCAAAGAGAUCACAGGUCGGGACAGCGGGAGGCGGAAGUUCAAGGAGUACUGCGACCUCCUGGACGAGGUGGACUCGCUCACUCCCCUCCUGAGGUCGGAGCGGAUGGAGCUGGCCGCCUUUGCGCAGGACAUGAUCAGCUUCGACCCGAACCAGCGCGUGCUCUUCCAAGGCAAAGUUCGCCAGAAGCCCAUGUGGUACGUGAUCUUCAAAGGCACUGCUGUCCUCAGCCAAAGCGACGGUCAGGAGAGUCGGAAGAUUGCCGAGCUCCCGCGAGGUAACACCUUCGGGGAGCGGUCUCUGCUCCGCGCAAAGGUCACCGGGCAGUGCAUCUCCGAGGUCAGCGUCGAUGCUGGGCCCGAGGGCAUGACCUGCCUCACUUUCGAUGGCGAGCUGAUCUGCGAUAUCUUCACCAAUCUAUCCCUCAGCGAUGCGUCCAUGCUCCCAGAUGUGAACGCUGAUGUCAGCGAGUGGGAGAAGAUCAAGACCUGCAAAAGCCGUCAGAAGUUUGAAUGCAGCAGCACUAUCCAUUCUGUGAAAGAGGUUUGUCGUUUGGGUCAGGGUGCCUUCGGCACGGUCUUCCUGGUAGAGGACGAGCCGUCGCAAGAGCGAUAUGCGCUCAAGCGGGUGUCGAAAGGCCAUGCCUUGAGGUGUGGGACCUGCCAAUCGCUUUGCUGGGAGCGGGAUCUUCUCAACAUGCUGGACAGCAGUUUCAUCGUCCGCCUGCACAAGACCAUGAAGGACCAGCAGUUCGUGUACUUCUUGCUGGAGGCUGCUCUUGGAGGAGAUCUCUAUGGGCUCUUCAGCACCCACCAGGAUAUCUUUCUUGCUGACCAGCCUCGUGGCUACACCUCGGCCUUUUAUGCCGGCUGUGUGAUCGCGGCUCUGGAGCAUCUGCACGAGCGAAAGAUCAUCUACAGAGAUCUCAAGCCAGAGAACAUCAUGCUGGACACCCGGGGUUACGGAAAGGUCUGCGACAUGGGCCUGGCAAGAUUCGUGGUGGGCAAGACAAACACGCAGGCCGGGACGCCGGACUACAUGGCUCCGGAGAUGAUCGAUCCUCCCCAUUACCACGACAACUCCGCCGACUGGUGGUCUUUGGGCGUGCUGAUGUAUGAGAUGCUGUGCCAGCAGCUGCCUUUCGAUGACGAGGAGCUGGAGGACACGGGCGAGCGGCUGCUGGCGCUCCGCCGCAGCCAAGAGCACCGGCUGAACUUCCCCUCGGAAUGCCCGGCCGAGGGAAAGGCCCUGAUUGCACGGCUGCUGCGCAAACUGCCACUGCGACUCGGGGCGCAGGGCGGCGCGGAGGAAGUGCGUGGACACUACUACUUCAAAGAUUUCGACUUCCCGGGCCUCCACGCUCAAGCGCUGCAAAGCCCCGUCGAGAGGCCCUGGAAACCUUCAGCUCUCACAGCAUCGGAGAUCGCCUCCCCGUGGCUGCGGGGUCCAGAGCAUCUGAGCCCCGGCGAGGAAGAGAUUUACGAAAGUUACGACGACGAUGGCAGCCAGUGGGACACAGAAUUCUAG